GUGCACGUGCCUGUCUCUUUCGCUUUUACUUUGACAGUUACAAUUAUGUAAAUGAGGCGUGUGACGUAAUCAUGCGUCAGCAGCAGGCAGCUGAGGACACGGACCAGACAGGAUCCAAAAUGGCGGACCGUGACAAGGUGGAGGAGGAGAUUUACGAUCAGAUCGUGGACCUGACAGAAUACGCCAAACGUCAGCGAUGGUGGAAUCGCUUGUUUGGCAAAAACUCCGGCCCGGUCGCUGAGAAAUACUCUGUGGCCACACAGAUAGCCAUCGGAGGAGUGAGUGGAUGGUGUGCAGGUUACCUGUUUCAGAAGGUCGGUAAAGUGGCAGCGACGUCUGUGGGAGGAGGUUUGCUGCUGCUGCAGAUAGCCAACAACAGCGGGUACAUCCAGGUGGACUGGAAGAGAGUGGAGAAGGACGUGAACAAGGCCAAGAAACACAUUAAGAAGGGAACUCAUCAGGCAGGUCCGGAGCUCAACACGUUUGUGGAGAAGUCCACAGAGUUCGUGAAGAAGAACAUCGUGGUCACCAGUGGUUUUGUCGGAGGGUUCCUGCUCGGCCUGGCGUCUUAGAUUCUGCCGAAGAAGAAGAAGAAUUCUUUAUUUCUAUGACAUCAUUAUGAACUGUAAGAAAAAAACAUAGAAAAUAUGAAAUCACAACUGCUGGAUUGUUCUGGCAGAAAACAACCUCUAUGUUUAAGCGCUUCACCACCGCGUGGCUUCAACCACCGUAAAAAUGUAAAAUAUUCCUGUUUCUGCCAAAUCAUCAUCAACGUGGAAAAAUUAAAAAUGUUAUUUAUGAA